AUAAUUCGUCUCAGGAAAAACGCAGACAAAUUUAGAGGCGGGACAUGGAUAGAUGGCAAGGUUGAUGGGGGAGUAAUUUGGAUUUAAUUAUAGUUGCCACCUAAUUACGUUUAUUCCCAACUUGGAGUAUGUCGCAGAAACGGCAACCUGAAGAUGGAAAGGAAGGCAACAGCCCUGGUGAGAAGCGUCAAUGCCGACCUUCCUUGAAAAGUGUGUUGUUAGAAGCGUUGAAGCUCCAUGAUAUUCAGAAGAUUUUGGAACCCUUGGUCCGUAAAAUAGUGAAAGAAGAAAUUGAAGUGGCACUGAGAAAACAUUUGACCAAUGUUAAGCAAAAUUGCAUUGGACAGGUAUAUCCAAUCUCAAGAAGCUUACAACUGCAAUUCACAAACAAGCUUUCUCUUCCAGUCUUUACUGGUACAAGACUUGAAGCAGAGGAAUGUUCAGCCAUAAGGUUAGCUAUAAUGGAUACCCUGUCUGGUCAAGUUGUCAACUCAGGUCCUGAAUCCUUGGCAAAGGUAGAAAUAGUGGUUCUUGAAGGGGAUUUUGGAGGUGAUGAACAAGAAAAUUGGACUACUGAAGAAUUCAGUAACAACAUUGUUAAGGAAAGGGAAGGCAAGAGACCACUCCUUACCGGAGAUGCAUUUCUGAAUCUUAGUGAGGGUACUGGUGUUGUGGGUGAUCUUAUUUUUACUGAUAAUUCAAGCUGGACAAGGAGUCGUAAGUUCAGGUUAGGGGCAAGAGUUGUCGAUGUUAACUGUAAUGGCAUUACAGUAAAAGAAGCAAAGACAGAAGCUUUCAUGGUAAAGGAUCAUCGUGGAGAAUUGUACAAGAAACAUUACCCUCCAUCUUUGGUUGAUGAGGUAUGGCGCCUGGAAAAGAUUGGCAAAGAUGGUGCUUUUCAUAAGCGUUUGAGGAGUCAAAAUAUCAACACUGUGAAGGAUUUUCUGACUUUACUUUGUAUCGACACUCCGAGACUCCGAAAUAUUCUAGGGAAUGGUAUGUCUGCUAAAAUGUGGGAGGUCACCGUGGACCAUGCUCGGACAUGUACACUUAAUAAUAGGAUGUAUAUGUACUAUCCCCCCGGUGCUCAGAAGAGAGUGGGUGUGGUCUUCAACAUUGUAGGAGAAGUUUUGGGAAUUCUUUCCGAGGACAAAUAUGUUUCCAUUGAUGGGCUCUCAGACACUGAAAAGGCUGACGCACAUAAACUGGUACAAGUUGCAUAUGAACAUUGGGAAGAAGUGGUCUCUUGGGAAGAUGGUGCUGCAAUGGGAAACUUUUUGCAAUCACCUGCUGUUUGUUUACCCUCCAGCUCACCUGGGGUGGAGAGUUCAUACAGUAAUCAGUUGACAAGCAAUCAGAAGUCGGAUGAUUUGGGUUUUAACCAGUGUGUGUUUUCUCCAGAUGUUUCUUCUAUCUUAUCUGUUGGGGCCCCAACAAGGUUAAAUCAUUACACCUUGCAAGGUACCAGUGACAUGGAUCUUAGAUAUGAACAGCCUUCCAAUAUGCCGAGCCAAGUAACACACUCUCUUAUGGGUGACAUAUCCAUGUUGCAUACUUUCUGUGGUGAAGACAAUGUACAAUAUUUUGAUAUUGAGGAUGCCUUUAGAUCUCAAAGCCUAGGUUUGGAUUCACAAGCUGACUUACAGACUGCUGUUAGUAGCUUCCUUGCCGUUCGGUCUGCUGCAGCUGCUCAGACACAAUGGAGAAUACUAUACAGUGUUCUGAGAUGGAUAUUUGCAAUUCGGAGGAUUGUGGCUUCAAAGAAAAAGAAGUGAGAAUUGGGGAGAUACACUUGUUUGUUGGUGAAAUAAAGAAAUGCAGAGAUGUGGUUAGGGUGCUUAGAGUGCUACUCCAUUACAUUUUCUGAAAAAGUUUGUAGAGUUAUUUUUUCCUUUUUAUGAAUUGUACAGUUUGUAGAGUUGUGGUUCUGGGCAGACUACAAUGUACAGAACAAUGAGAGCUGGCUUGUGGUUGCAGACUUGCAGUGCCGCCCUUGAAGCUUGUGUAGGUAAAUUGAAUUUUUUGCUACU